AUGGCAGGUCAUAGGUGUUUGCGUUGGGCUACUUCAGCCACAAACCAGCAGAAAGAGGACUGGCAGAAGGAAAGCGAUUUCGCUCGCAAGCUGCGACGCCUUCCAGCUCGAGAGCUCUGUGAGGCAGUUCAGCCUCGCUUGAAUGACUUGGAUUUUGUGUCGAUGUUGACGGCUUUCCAGCGACUUUCCAAGUUGGGCAUCAAGAAUCCCGAGGAGGAGGAGCUGGCAGUGAAACUCAUUCAGGGCCUGCGAAGGUACCUGGGCAGCCAGGUCGCACGGGAGCGAAACCGUUCCAGGCGAUUUCCCUGGCUCGCACAGGGAGCUUGGGCGGCAGCCAAAGUGCUGCCCGUGCCUUCAAAGACGCUUCAGACUGACGCAACGAAACUCCUGGAGGAGGUGAGCCAAGCCAGCGCACAAGCACUGCAGCGGCGAAAGCCAUUUGAAGCCAGGGAUGCGGCAAACUUGCUGUGGGCCUUGGCAGCAGCUCGAGUCUCUGCACCCAUCGAAGCGUUCGAUGCGCUGCUCGUGAUGAAGACGGAGGCAUUUGCGCCUCAGGACAUCGCGAAUCUCAUUUGGGCCCUGACACGCCUAGAGAACCCCGGCGACAGCCGCCUGGCGAUGUUGGAGAAGCUCUGCGGCUUGGCCCAGAAGCAGAUCUGGCACUUGGAGCCACAGGGCCUGGCAGCGGUGCUGAGUGCACUUGCAGCUGCUCGUGAGAGCCUCACACUUGGUCCUGGUGUCGCAACGACCGUGGCUACACUGCUGAGGGCAGCAGCUAAGAGAUUGGAAGAGGAGCUGGAUAACAGAAAGGACCCAUCAAGAUGGAGGUCUUCCGAAUUGGUUCAGCUGUUUUGGGCCUUCAGCGUCCUUCAGCUAGACGUCGUCCACUACGAGCAUUUACCUGCAAAAGGCCUGCAAAACAAUUGGACUGACCUCCCUCCGCGGGAUUUGUCACUGCUUGCAUGGAGCUUCGCCAACUCCAAUUCCGAGAGUCUAGCAAUGGAGGUCGGGAAGAUUGCCGCUGCAGGGCUGCCAAAGCUGAGAGAUUUCGACAACCAAGGAAUAUCCAAUCUGGUGUGGGCCUUGGGAGCAGUCAGCCUGGCAGAUCGGGAGGUGUUCUCCCGAGUCGGGACGCUGGUGUCGGCAGGUGACUUCACGGCCAGACAAGUGACCAACAUAUCUUGGGGGUACGCAACUGCAGCAUUUCUUCACCAUGACCUCUUCAAAAAGGCAAAGCGUUUGGCUGAGAGGAGUCUUGAUGCUUUCCGAGUGGACGAGCAAGUUUCCCUGCUAUGGUCCUUUGCAAUUGUGUCAUUGCCGAGUGACACUCUCUGCAGUUCACCAUGCUUGAAGGUUGCCGGAAGUGAGAUGUCUGCCCGCGAAGCUGCAAAUCUCUGUUGGACCUUGGCAGUCUUGGGCCAACACCGGGAGGACGUGCUGGUGGAAUCUGCCAAGUUGCUGGAGGCCAAAGGCAGCCAAGAUCUGGAGCUCCACUUGGCUCAAUGGCACUAUGCAUUCAUGGCCUUCAAACUUGAAGGUGGCAACAUCCCGGGUGACUUGCAAACCUUCGCUCUGCGGGCUGCGGCAGCGGCGAAAAACCGCGCAGUGGCGAAGCUUGGACGCACGGAGGCCUCCUCCAAGCUUCACAGCGAGGUGUCUGCGAAGGUUCGAAGACUGUGCCCGAGUGAGCCUAUCCGGGGGAUCUUGGACGCCCUUACUCAGCAUGGUCUACUGAUGCUGGAUCUUCGUCUUUGUCCUCCAGCUGCUCUGUCGACUACCUGCUCAACUUUGCGGGAGAAACCCACUGGGAUUCGCCAGAUUGUCUUGCGAGAUGGCAUGCGAUGCUUUUGCCAGGAUUUGGCCUACCGGAAACACGCUGCAGCCAAGGACAGGCAGUUCGGGAAGUAUGCCUUGAACACUUCCCACCUCCGCAUGUUGAUGACUGCCUUGUCGGUCUUCCUCUCAGCUAGAGGUCAAAAGGUGUUGAUCUUGGAUCUCGAGGGUCUUCCGCUUGGCAAACAGCUCAGCUCUUUGUUGGCACCACUGGCAGCAACAUUGACCGAGGCGGGUGCACGGCACCUGCAGUGGUUGAACCUCUCUGGUUGUGGGAUUGCUGAUCGUGGCCUUGCGUUGCUGUUGCCGGCGUUGGGAAACUCGGGCAAAGUUCUGCUCCCGGAACUUGAAGCCAUUCUGCUGGCUGAAAACAGACUGUCAGAUGUGCAGCUGGUGAUUCACCUCCUGCGAAGUCGGACCUCGCUUUGCAUGAAUGGCAAGGCUACCUCUUUGCGACUGCUGGACUUGUCCCGAAACCCGCGUUUGGUGACUGAUGUUACUGAGCGCAUGACAAACCUCGGCACAAGAUUCCGCGGAGAUACUUUAAUGCUAUCAAUCUCGAGGUUCCUUGCAGAGGGUCUUCCUCUUCAAGUGCUGAGACUCAAAGAUCUGAAGCUUCGAAAUGACGACAUUCUGCCUCUCUUGAAGCUGCUGGGAGCGGAAGCUGAUGGCUUUGCCAUGGCAAACAGCGAAGGUCCUGCCUGUCAAACGUGCCUGGAAGAGGUGGAUUUGACAGGCAAUUUCUGUUCUGCUGAGUUGCAAGCAGAAGUCACAGAUGUCAUCAACCUGCUGAAGCAGCUGCGUUCGCAGCCCGAACUCUGCUGGAGAUUGAGACGGUGUGGCUCUCGCUGGCCGGUGAGGGUCGAACGUCCACAGAGGUCACACCCCAGGAGUCGUUCGCAGCCCGAAAGUGAAGCAAACGUCGAAAGUGAAGCCGAGAUCGACGAUUUAAAACGAGAGGCUGUGAGUGAAUGUCAAGUUGAUACAGACCUUCCACUCGCAUCCCUAGAGGAUUUGAAAGAUGCCAAACAUUGUGAGACUCGUCGAGCUGUGAGGGAGAAUGGUGUAGAGGCCGGGGAGAUCAUUUUGGGUUCGCCAGCACCUCCUUCACUUUUGAUCAGACAGAUGAUCUUAGAUCAGAUGCAGCACCUGCAGCACCUGCAGCACCAUGACAUGGACGGAAGUUUGAUCCCAUCGCCAAACCUUUCAGCCACUGAGCAGACUGAGCAGUUGCAGGUUGAAAGAUCUGCCGAUGUCGUCCUGGAAGAGGGAAGGAUAGAUCACUGUUUUGAAGGUCUUCCCUUGACAGCCAACGAUGCUAACACCGAAAGCUGUGAAGGAAGCCCUGAGUUUGAGAUGAGAGAUAUGCAAAGAGAUAUGCAAAGAGAUAUGCAAAGAGAUAUGCAAAGAGGUGCCAUGGCAAAGAUUCCAUGGAAUGAGUUUUUUGAAGCAAAGAUCAAUGAGAUGUGUCAGGGCUUUUUGGAGCAAUCCUCACACCCUGCGGGGUCAGCUCUUGGAAGGUCGGAGCGAUCAGUGCUGUCCCAGCAAGACUCCAGGUUAGAUGCUAUGCAUCGGGAGGCUCUUGAAUCUUUGCAAAGUCGGCUACUGGGUACACAAUAGUGAUCAAUGGUGAUCAAUAGUGUACGUUUAUGAUUCGCACAAAUUGCAUUUCAUUGAAGAAAGUACAUUGACAUGUACAUGCUCCAAGUUCAAAGUUGGACGACAAAAAAAGCACUCUUUGUGCUACCCACAGGGGCCAAAGUCCUCGCAGUGAACCGAUGGUGGACCUUUCAUCAGGACCUCUGACUACUCCACAAACCCAUCCUGGAUCAUCCUGGUCCCAAGAGAGGAUCAAAUUCUUGAAAAAAGGAUAAAAAAGGCAGAAUGAGCCAAUCAGCCAGUAGUCUUACUGACUUACUGGUUCUCGUGGGGUCUCUUGCCUUCUCAAAUCCCGGAACCUUUAUUUUCUGUCUCCCCCCACUCACUUUUUUCGAUGGCAACAGCCUGAAAGAA